AUGGAAAAACGAAAAGCCGUCGCUUCUCUUGCAAAUUCUUUGAACAAUUUAGAUUUGAAUUCCAGAUCCAAUCCCAAGCCCCAAAUCCCUCAAACUCAAUCCUCCAGAAGGCUGCUUGAAAGGACCAAGUCUCCUCCCAGCUUACAAAGCUUGUGUCUUGGAGUUGUCGGCAAACAUUUGGAGGAUAUAAUCCCAGACUUGUCAGAGAUUGCAAUCAACUUUCCUCCAGAUGUUAAGAUGGCACUGGUGGCAAUUGCUAGAAGAAGAAAGUUACUCGACGAUGAUGUUAUUGUCUCUUUAGCUGAUCAUACCUGGAAAAUUCUUGACCUUUCUGCAUCAGAUGUUUCGAAUUUCGGCUUAGCAAAAGUGGCUGAGAUAUGUACAUCUCUUGGAGCUGUUGAUAUUAGCCGGUGUGACAAAAUUACUACUUCUGGAGUUUCUGAACUUGUGCAACAUUGCCUUUCAUUGGAGACGUUGAGAUGCGGAGGGAGCCCAAGGAGUGACCACACUGCACGCAGGUGCUUGGAUAUAUUUAAACCGAAGUUGAAUGAUGUAGAGGGAGACUCCUGGGAAGAACUGAAUACUGAAGAAAUUGCUAAUGGUGCACAAUCAUUGCGUUGGCUUGUGUGGCCAAAGAUUGAUAAAAAUUCAUUGGAGGGAUUUUCCUCUGAAUGCCCUCGCAUUAUAGUAAAUCCGAACCCAUCACCCUUCGGAUUCAGGGGAACCCAAGUUCCCAGGGAAGCAUUGCCAGAUAUCCAGUUGGAUGAUUCUAUUGUCAAGGAUCUUGAUCCCAAAACGUGGGCAGUGCGUGGUUUUACACUCAAGGCAAUGCCUCCAUCUCUUUCAAGCCACACGGAAUUGUCAGUGGCUGAAAAGUUUAGACUUGCUUUUGAGGAAAGGGAUAAUCGGUUAGCUCCAAAGCGAGCUAAAAAUGCAAGGCAACAUCAGCGGCGUGCUGAGAGGGAGUGGGUGAUGACGGAUACAACAGCUAAGGCAGUAGCUUUAGCCUCACGAGCGAGCAGAUCUCUACACAGUUGGAACUAG